CUGGGCACCUGUGCGCCUUUCGCAGGCACCUGCUGCGUUGGCGGCCGAGGAGUCCGCAGUCCGCGGCGCCGGCUGGCCGGGUCCGAGGCCGGCUGGCUGAGGGUGGGCGACGCCGAGCCCCGAGGCACUCGGCCCUUCCCGCGGGAGAGGCUCUCGGGGUCCCAGGCCCGCCGGGAGGUAGCUGUAAGGUCGGCACUGCGCCCCAGCCUUGCGUCACCUUGAGACAGGUAACGCGAAUGCUGAGGAUACGAGAGUUGGAUGACCCACGCCACUGAACGUCUUUGCUUGGAGCCCACGUUAUGAACCCUUUCUGGAGCAUGUCUACAAGCUCCGUACGCAAACGAUCUGAUGGUGAAGACAGGACCUCGACAGGGGACGCGAAAACCAGUCCUCCACGAGCCGCCUCAAGAAAGCAGCUGCCUUCUAUUCCCAAGAAUGCUUUGCCGGUAACGAAGCCUUCAUCUCCCGCCCCAGCAGCGCAGUCAACAAACGGCACCCAUGCGUCCUACGGACCCUUCUACCUGGAGUACUCUCUCUUGGCAGAGUUCACCUUGGUCGUGAAGCAGAAGCUCCCGGGUGUCUACGUGCAGCCGUCUUACCGCUCUGCAUUAAUGUGGUUUGGAGUGAUUUUCAUACGGCAUGGACUUUACCAGGACGGCGUGUUCAAGUUUACAGUUUACAUCCCUGAUAACUACCCCGAUGGGGACUGUCCACACCUCGUGUUUGAUAUUCCCGUCUUUCACCCGCUAGUGGACCCCACCUCAGGUGAACUGGAUGUGAAGAGAGCGUUUGCAAAGUGGAGGCGGAACUAUAACCGCAUCUGGCAAGUGUUGAUGUAUGCGAGGAGAGUCUUCUACAAGAUCGACACGACAAGCCCCUUAAACCCGGAGGCCGCAGUGCUGUAUGAAAAAGAUGUUCAGCUGUUUAAAAGUAAAGUGGUCGACAGUGUGAAGGUGUGCGCUGCUCGCUUGUUUGACCAGCCUAAAAUAGAAGACCCCUACGCAAUUAGCUUUUCUCCAUGGAAUCCUUCUAUACAUGAUGAAGCCAGAGAGAAGAUGCUAACACAGAAACAGCCUGAAGAACAGCACAGUAAAAGUGUUCACGUUGCUGGCCUGUCGUGGGUAAAGCCCGGCUCAGUACAGCCGUUCAGUAAAGAAGAAAAACCGGUAGCGACUUAGAAGACGGUGACUCCGGUGCACCACGCACUUUCCUGCUGGACUCUGACCUUGACCGCUGCCCAGUGGCAGAGGACUGCCUGAGGAGUAAACUGUGCACACAAGGACUGGA